AGAACACUUUUCAGCCGAUUUCCGGAUGUUGAAAGUUCUUGAAAUUAGGAAAUAAACAUGGCUAAAAAUUCGACAGGUUCAGAUAACCACCUUCAUAUUAUGUGGAGAGACAGUGCUUGGACUCCAAUGCUGAAUCCCUCAAACAUAUUAGAAUAUUUUUCGCAAAGUCCUUUCUAUGACAGAACGUGCAAUAACGAAAUUAUAAAAAUGCAAAGGUUGAAAGUUAACCAAUUACAGAAUAUGACUGGAAUCGAAUAUUUUUUAAUACAUACCCAAGAACCAAUUUUCUACGUAAUACGUAAAAUUCAUAGAAAUUCACCAACUCAGACAUCUACUAUCUGUGAUUACUACAUAAUAGAUGGUUCCAUUUAUCAGGCUCCGGAUUUGUCUUCUGUGCUCAACUCGAGAUUGCUAAACGCAACUCAUAAUCUAUCAUCUGCAUUUGCUGAGGUAAGAUCAUAUUUCCGUUAUCAUCCUUCUGUUGGAUAUUGGUGGCAGUUUAAGAAUGAUCUCUCAGAAAGUAAAGCAGAAACUGUUCCAAAAAAUGAAGAUUAUGGAUCGUCUUUUCAAAGGAAUAGAAUAGACUUAUUAUUGAGAGAACAAGCGAAAAAAUAUCCACCUAAAAUAUCACAACCUCCACAAGCUGAAAAUAUGCAAUUAGUGGAAAAUAAUCAAACGGAAAAGAAGAGCCAUUCAGUUGCAGAGGAUUCUAAGCCCAUAUUAUCUAAUUCAUCAAUGCCGCCUCCGGGAAAAAAGCCAAAAAUGAUGAUGCAUUAG